AAAGAGAAGAGAAACGGAAAUGAAAUGAAAAAAGAUUAAAUUUUUGGAAACCCAUGCCCAUUCAAUCGAUGAACCCAAUUAAAUUUCAGAAUUUGUGACGGAUCAUCGUCCUUUAUGCUACUCUGUAAGCCUAAAUUCAUCUUCUGGACUUCGAAACAGAGAUUGAAUGUCCAUGUCUUCUCCACCGUUUCCCAUUUACCUCCUCCUCUUUCUUCUCUUCCCCCAAUAUCUGGGAUUACCCAAAUUAAGCAAGCCCAUGCUCGUAGUGUCGUCUUCGGCCUUGCUAAUGAUGGCCGCAUCAUGGGUCACCUCCUCGCUUUUCUUGCCGUUUCUUCCUCUUCAUUGCCGUAUGAGUACGCCUUCUCAAUUUAUCAGUCUAUUUCUCAUCCAAGUGUUUUUGCCACCAAUAACAUGAUACGGUGCUGCGCAAAAGAGGAGUUAUCUUGCGAGUCGAUAUCUCUUUACUCACACAUGCGCCGAAGUCUUGUGGCGCCUAAUAAACAUACUUUGACCUUUGUAUUGCAAGCUUGCAGUAACGCUUUGGCUAUCUGCGAAGGGAUUCAAGUUCAAACCCAUGUCAUAAAAUUUGGUUUUGCUAAAGACGUUUUCAUUCGAAAUGCGUUGAUUCACUUGUAUUGUACUCAUUGCAGAGUUGAAUGUGCGAAGCAGGUAUUUGAUGAAGUUCCUAGUAGUCGAGAUAUAGUUUCCUGGAAUUCAAUGAUUGCUGGUUUUGUUAGAGCUGGGCAGAUCAAUGUUGCAGAUAAACUGUUUGUUGAAAUGCCUGAGAAAGAUGUGAUCUCAUGGAGCGCGAUGAUAUCUGGGUGUGUUCAAAAUGGGCUAUUGGAGAAGGCGUUAGACUGCUUUAAUGAGAUGAGGGAGCAAAAAAUGAGGCCGAAUGAGGCAAUAUUGGUGUCCAUGCUCGCAGCAGCAUCCCAAUUGGGUAUGCUUGAGUAUGGAAAAAUGAUCCAUUCCAUUGCGGACUCCUUGAAAUUCCCAAUGACUGCUUCUCUUGGCACAGCACUAGUUGACAUGUAUGCUAAGUGCGGUUGUAUUGAUGAGUCCAAAUUCUUGUUCGACCGAAUGCCCCAGAAAGAUAAAUGGACUUGGAAUGUUAUGAUUUGUGGUUUAGCAUCGCAUGGCCUUGGGCAAGAAGCGCUUGCAUUAUUUGAAAAGUUUCUAACACAGGGUUUCUACCCAGUCAACGUGACAUUCAUUGGAGUCUUGAAUGCGUGUAGCAGAGCUGGUUUAGUCAGCGAGGGAAGACGUUUUUUUAAGCUAAUGACGGACACAUAUAAGAUUAUACCAGAGAUGGAACACUAUGGUUGCAUGGUUGAUCUCUUCAGCCGUGCUGGGUUCGUUUAUGAUGCUGUUGAAAUGAUUAACAGGAUGCCUGCUCCUCCGGACCCUGUGUUGUGGGCAACGGUGCUUGGUUCAUGCAAGGUUCACGGAUUUAUAGAACUGGGUGAAGAGAUUGGGAACAAGUUGAUUCAAAUGGAUCCCACUCACAAUGGGCAUUAUGUCCAGUUAGCGGGUAUCUAUGCCAGACUAAGAAAAUGGGAAGAUGUAAGCAAGAUUAGGAGACUAAUGGCUGACAGAAACUCCAACAAAAUUGCAGGGUGGAGCUUGAUUGAAGCAGGAGGAAGAGUUCACCGAUUUGUGGCAGGAGAUAAGGAGCAUGAACAAUGUACAGAGAUCUACAAGAUGUUGGAGACAAUUGGAGUACGAAUAGCAGCAGCGGGAUACUCAGCAAACGUUUCAUCAGUACUGCAUGACAUAGAGGAAGAAGAAAAAGAAACUGCCAUUAAAGAGCAUAGUGAAAGGUUGGCAAUUGCUUUUGGGUUGCUGGUGACUCAAGUUGGUGACUGUAUUCGUAUUAUCAAGAAUUUAAGAGUUUGUGGCGAUUGCCAUGAGGUAAGUAAGAUCAUUUCUCGAGUAUUUGAAAGAGAAAUAAUUGUUAGAGAUGGCAGUAGAUUUCACCAUUUUAAGAAUGGUAGUUGUUCUUGUCUAGAUUAUUGGUGAAAGAUACGAUUUAGCCCAUCCAAGU